CUGGUUUUCCACCAAGUACGUUUCAAAUUCAGUGAAAGUUUUUUUGCUUUGACUUUUUUUUUUGAAAUUUUGGUGUUAUUUUGUUUUAAGUUUGAGUUUUGUAAUUGUUUUUUCUUGUUUAUAUGUUUUGAAUGAACGGCAUUAUUGAUGCUUGCAGGUUGGUGCAGAGGAUUCUUUGAAAAUUGUGAUCUGUUUGGAUGUGAUUUUUUGAUUCUGAGUGAACAGAGGAUUAUGGCUACAAAAAAGGAUGAACCAUCUCAGACACAACAGAAAAUGCCUAGCAAAAAGGAAGAGCCGUCUCAAACACAACAGAAAAUGCCUAGCAAAAAGGAAGAACCAUCUCAAGCACAACAUCAGAGGAUGGCUUCCAAAAAGGAAGAGCCCUCUCAAGGACAUCAGGGAGAAGCAGCUGCUGCUCCAGGUCCACCCGCUCCACCACCAGGUCCACCGGAUCAUCUGCAUUCUCGAACUGGCAACUCGGUUUUAAAGAGCGGGUCACUUUUUUUAUCGUCCAAAGGAAUUGGAUGGACAUCAUGGAAGAAAAGGUGGUUUAUUUUGACACAUACUUCGCUGGUUUUCUUCAGAAGCGAUCCUAAUGCCGUUUCUCAGAAGGGGAAUGAAGUGAAUUUAACUCUUGGCGGUAUUGAUCUCAACAAUUCAGGCAGCGUGGUUGUCAAAGCUGAUAAAAAACUCAUAACUGUACUUUUUCAAGAUGGCCGCGAUGGACGAACCUUCACACUCAAGGCUGAAACUUUGGAGGAUUUGUAUGAGUGGAAGGCUGCACUUGAAAAUGCUUUGUCACAAGCACCAUGUUCUGCUCAUGUGAUGGGACAAAAUGGCGUCUUCGGGAAUGAUCAAGGAGAUGCGGUCGAAUGUUCUAAGGAACCAGUAAAUGAUAAACAGCCCGUGAGAUCUACAGUUGUAGGCAGACCAAUUUUACUUGCACUAGAAGAUGUUGACGGAGCUCCAACAUUUUUGGAGAAGGCCCUAAGAUUUGUAGAAGAGCAUGGAAUCAAAGUAGAAGGGAUCCUACGACAAGCUGCAGAUGUAGAAGAUGUUGAGCGCCGAAUUCGGGAAUAUGAACAGGGAAAAAGUGAGUUUUCUCCUGAGGAGGAUCCACAUGUUAUUGCUGAUUGUGUCAAGUAUGUCAUUCGGGAGUUGCCAUCAUCUCCUGUCCCUGCAUCAUGCUGCAAUGCGCUACUAGAAGCAUGCCGAACUGAGCGCGGUGCUAGAGUCAAUGCUAUGCGUAUGGCAGUAUUGGAGACGUUUCCUGAGCCAAACCGUCGCUUAUUACAGAGAAUUCUAAUGAUGAUGCAAACUGUGGCUUCUAAUAAAACUGAAAAUCUGAUGAGCUCUUCAGCUGUGGCGGCAUGCAUGGCACCCUUGCUUCUCCGCCCCCUUCUAGCUGGUGACUGUGAGAUUGAAAAUGAUUUUGAUGUGGGUGGUGAUGGUUCAAUUCAACUGCUGCAAGCAGCUGCUGCAGCCAAUCAUGCUCAAGCCAUUGUUAUAACGUUAUUGGAGGAAUAUGAUAAAAUAUUUGGGGAAGGUUCUGUUUCCCCUGAUUUAUACUCUGACACGGAAGAGAGUGGAAGUGAAAGUGAAGAGGCAACUGAUGAUGAUGAGUCCUAUGAAGAUGAUGAAGAUUAUGAAGAUGAUGAAUGUGAUGAUGCAACACGAGGGUCUGAUGCAUCCAAUGAUGAUGACUAUGUGGCAAGUGGAACAGGCAGCUAUAGUGGUCACUCUGUGAACAAUGGUCUACAUGAUGAUAAGGAUUCUGAUUAUUUGAGCUCAGGUUCUGAGUCCUCUGAAGCUGUUGAUAAUUUAAAAGCCACCAAGAAGUUGUCAAGUUCACUUCACUCUUCACUGUCUGAAAAUGAUGAUUCAGAAAGGAGUGAGGAUAAUCAGAGUAGCAAUAGUUCAGCAAUAGAGACCAAUAAGGUUGCUGAGCUGUCAAAAGGUGUUCAAGGAGUAACCAAGUUGGAGGAUGAGUUAACUCAUCACAAUCAAAUGUCAUGCGUCCCAAAAUCUACAUUUAUUGGAAAUGGACCUGGCCACAACGUUAGGCGACCCACUGUUUGGGGACGUACUGCUGCAAGGAAGAACCUUUCUAUGGAAUCCAUUGAUUUUCCAUGUGAAGAAGAGGCUGAACUUGAGACACUUGAGGCUGAAAACUCUAACUUGCAAAAGAGACUCACAGAAGAGAUUGAAGGUAAUGCCAUUCUUGAAGCUAGCUUGGAAAAACGAAAGAAGACAUUGUAUGGGCGUCGUCUAGCUCUUGAGAAAGAUGUAGCAAGAUUAGAGGAAGAGUUGCAAAGGGAGAGAGAUAAGAGGGCAGCUUUAGAAGCAGGACUUAACUCAUCACAAGGACCCAUUUUUUUCCCAGCUACGAUUGAUGAAAAGAUAAAGGCAGAUCUCAAGGACAUAGCUCAAGCAGAGGUAGACAUAAUCAAUUUGAACAAAAAGGUUGAUGAUCUGGGGAUGCAGCUUAAUCAACAGCUUGAGCGAAGUUCUUUUUCCAUGAAUGAUUUGUGCAAUCAACAUCUACAAAAUCAUCAAGCAAAAACGAAGGAUAAGCCAAAGGGUAAUGAAGCUGCUUUCGAAAGGUCAGGAAGCAAGGACAAGUAUCUGGACGAGGCAGGGUGUGAGAAAAGGAAGAAGCAAGAAUCAUCUUCAGCAAAUAAACACCCACUUCAAAAUCAACAGUCAGAUCAUUCAGUAUAUAACAGCAACCGUAUGACUGCAACAGAGACAUUUUCACAGAAGCCCCUUGGUUCAAGUAAUUCCAAGAAGUCAGCUACCAAGGGUGAGGGAGCCAAUUCCACAUCGUCAGCACUGUCAAAACUAACAACUCGGCUCAACUUUCUGAAGGAGCGGCGAAGCCAGAUUGCAAAUGAAAUCCUAGGCAUGGAGAAAGGCCGUAGUUCAAGUCAAGCUGUCCCAAGCCCAGGUAAAGGCAAAGGACCAGAACCUAUUCAAUCUGUUCAAAACCCAGAAAAAGGUAGAGGACCAGACAUUAGCCAAUAACUCUGGAUUCCAAACAAGUGGUUGGAUAAGAAGGCCAAACAGUUCCACAGUCGAAAAAAAUUAGGAAAUCAGAUAACCGAACCAAUUGGACACCAAUAAACCUAUUUUCAGGACAGGCGAUGAUCUGAAUGCCAUGGUGUGCUGCAGUUCAGACAAAGCUCAAGGAUUAGAAGUUCAGUCUCUUUCUAGCCCAAGGACUUGUUAUAUGAUCUCUCGAUCAUUGUUUCCGCAUGCGACAUUGCUUAUAUCGGUGCUUUGAGUAUGGGGAAUGUUUACUAGAGAGGGAUGCUAGGCGACUGAUUUUGAUGCCCACACUAAAGAGGAGAGGCCGAUAUCCUUUUAAUCCAAGAUGUACAUAUCAACCGGUAUGUCCUUAGAUGUAAGCUGAAUAAUUUAAAAUCUUAGGUGACUGAUUGUUUGUUGUCUGAGAAACCAAGUAGGAUUGUAUAGCAACUACGUGCUUUCGUUUUCUAUGGGUUAAUGCAACUUUUAAUUUAAGAUUUCUGGGCUUAUAUUGAUAUGAGCUCGACGUACGGCGAGCCUUGGAUCGAGCCUCUUAUAGAUUGAGCCUUAAGUCAAGGGAGAGGUGAAGUCUCAACUUUUGACCUGAAUCCAUCACUUUUAUGCCGUUCUUUCUAAUGAAUUAAUCACCAUUUGAUAAAAUACUUUCUCAAUGCACAUCAUUUUCGGUCAGUUUCUCAUCUUCACCAUUCUCUUGGUAAUGAGUGAAUCUCGAUGUGUGGCCAAUUGGCUACAGCUUCAACCAUUAAAUUUCUGCAAAAUUGAGGCUGAGAGACUCAAAUA